AUGUCUGGAAUACUAUCAUAUGUGCUUGGUGGCGACCGGAAGGCUGCAGCGAUCAACUUGACCCCAGUGGAAGUACACCAUAUAGAAACCAACCCCGAUCGCAGGGCGCGGUCACUCAAGCAUCUGCUCAAGGCUAAUCACGUCAACUAUUCUGUCGUCUAUAACCAGCUCCGUUUCGAUAAUCAUAAUGCCCAUAUUCUGAGCUCGGCAUAUUUACUCGGUGCCACACCGAAUCAGCUCCACGAUGUUUAUGAGGAACAGGCCAAGGAAUUGGACGCUUGGACGCCGUCUCCGGCGGAACUGGUUGAUAGUGACUGGGUCGACUUUUUAGGAGACAGGCAUUAUCAAAGAGCAUACGUGGAUUUCUUCGAGGACAAACUGGCCAUGGAAUACGCCUAUGACUGGAAGAAGGUGGUUGAGCACUUUCUGUUCUCGUCCGACAAGCCGUUGGUCCAUGGACUAAUUUGCGGCCUUGGCCACCCUCUAAUUCAGCUGGGAUAUGCAUAUGAAAUGGACAGCAGAGAGGUCGCAAUGGAGGCUCUCACACUGGCGUCAGUACAGCACAAUUUUCUCUACAAGUACAGCGCUGAUGCGUCCUACACGAGGCCCUCAUCUAAGAGCAACAGCUCAGUGCUUGAUCUGCUUGUCCAGAUGUCAGAGGAUGAAAAUUUCGACAGUCUGUCGAAAGAUAUUGACUUUGGAAGCCUUGAAAGCAUGAUUACCAAUCAUGAGGACCUGAUAAUGGAGUACUGGAAUGCCUGGAAGAUCUCCGAUCCGGUCAAGGAUUUUGAAUCAUCACAGAGAGCCUCCGUCGCGCUUUUUGUUACAUCGGUCGACCAUAAAUCACAUAAUUACAACUUCUUCAUCGUGCAUCUGCUUACGACCAGCUAUGCGUUGAGGGUCUUGCUGCCAUUCUUCCCAGCCAAGUAUCACAUCAGCCUUGUGAGGCAGUGGUGGCUUUUAGUCAUUGCAGUCUUUGUCUUGAAGGGAAGGCCAUGUCCGAAUCUCGAAAACAUUGACAAGGACUGCAAUAGCCGUGGCUGGGAGUAUAUCCAGGACAAGGCGCUGAACUCCCAGUUUUCAUGCGAUGCACAUUAUGUCAAGGCAAUUCGAUCAAUGAGGGAAAUUGGUAGACUUUGGGGAGACGAGGAUACUUUCUAUCUCCGGGCGGCUGCAACUGUUACUUUCUCCCAUCACCCGCCGUCAACACCAGACCAGUUGGCAGCCUUCCCGACCGACUGGUUGAGCUCAAUUCUACAAACCCAGCCCGUAUGGAACUCCGGAUACACAAAUGCUUCAGUCGCUUUGAUGGCACCGUCCGCGAAACGCCGCAGGCGGAACCCAGUUGAGGCGUCUGAUGACGAAGAUGAGCAGCCUCGAGCCAACACCCUCUCCAAUUUCCUUCUGUCUUCGCCAAGCUCUUCGUCAAAAGACCCAGCCCCGACUGCGUCUACGAGUUCCCCCAAGGGCAAAGGUUUUGCGGGCCAAUCUGGCACCAGUUUUUCUCCUCGAAAGACGCGGCAGGCAAGCUUACAGAAGAAUGGUAGCAGUCCCAGCCCCAAGAAGUCCAAAAAUGUUGGACGAAUCGAAGAAAGGGGCAAGACGGCCGAUCUCAAAGCACUCUUUUUGAAACAAGCCCAACGGGCCACGAAGCCGGGGAAUGGCAGCGAAAAGCGACCUUCGCCCAUCGAUGACCCCAUCAGCGAUCCAAUAUCCGAAGAUGACGAAAUAUCAGAACUCAAGGCUUGCUCAUCGAGCUUGGUCAGCCAACAUGCCCGUAAGAGAUUGAAAAAUGGGAGUGCAACUGCGGCGAGCGAGUCGUCGAACACUGGCUCAAUGUUCCUCAAACCACCCAGACCUGCAAAUCCAGUUGGUGUCGAUGACGAUUUGCGACCAUGGUCGGAGCGGUUCGGGCCACGAAAUCUGGAUGAGCUGGCAGUCCACAAGAAGAAAGUUGCAGAUGUUCGAAGAUGGCUAGAGGAUGUCAUGUCAGGACGCAUGCGACAGCGGAUUUUGAUCCUCAAAGGGGCAGCAGGCUCGGGCAAGACAACCACUGUCCGGCUGUUGGCGACCGAUAUGGGGUGUGAACUCCUUGAAUGGAAAAACCCUACGACGAAUUCGGGCACGGGAUAUGUUUCUGUGUCGGGCCAGUUCGGGGAAUUCCUUGGCCGUAGCGGCAAGUUUGGGACACUGGAUGUGGAGGAGCCGGCUAACACAACCAUGAAGAACUCAAAUGGGCUUGCUCAAAGUCGAGCCAAGCGAAUCAUUCUCGUAGAGGAGUUCCCAAACACAUUUUCAAGGUCCUCGUCAGCGUUGACCUCUUUCCGCAGCACAAUACUCCAGUACUUGGCUGCGCACACGCCUUCACUAGCCAGCUUUGGGAAGGCACCUCAGCAUAGGAAUCAGAUCAGUCCGAUUGUUUUGGUCAUUUCAGAGACCUUGUUGACAACAACAUCCGCAACAGCCGAUAGCCUUACGGCUCACCGUCUGCUGGGACCAGAAAUACUUCGUCACCCUGGUGUUGGUGUGAUAGAGUUCAAUGCAAUUGCACCUUCGAUCCUGGCAAAGGCCCUGGAGCUUGUCGUCUUAAAGGAAGCGAGAAAGUCUGGCCGCAAACGAACUCCUGGACCCCAAGUGCUUAAGAGACUGGGCGAAAUUGGAGACAUUCGAAACGCCGUCUCCUCUCUCGAGUUCUUGUGCCUCAAAGGGGACCAAGACUCGGACUGGGGAGCCAAGGUCGCUUUUACCAAAAUCAAAAAAAGUACGAGGGAUUCGAUUACUUUGACAAAGGGGGAAGCAGAGAGCCUAGAGUUGAUAUCGCAACGCGAAGCCAGCCUGGGCAUAUUUCACGCAGUUGGCAAAAUCGUGUAUAACAAGAGGGACGAAAAGGCGCCAGCAAAUGAUGCUGUCGAAAACCUUCCCCCGUUCCUAUCAGAAUAUGCCCGGCCGAAGAGGUCGCAAGUAUCUGUUGAUUCUCUUAUUGAUGAAAUCGGUACAGACACUCAUACAUUCAUAUCCGCCCUCCAUGAGAAUUACAUUCUUUCAUGUGAGAGCACUGACCCUAUGGAUUUAUCAACACCAGUGGACUAUGUCAAUGAAUGUAUAGAGUGUUUAUCAGAAAGCGAUCUUCUCUGUCCGUCCCGAGACGUAUUUUUUGGAGGUAGGGGCGGUUUUGGUGGUUUCAGCGGUCGAGAGACAGGCAGCCAUCUUCUUCGGCAGGACGAGAUGACAUUUCAAGUCGCCGUUAGAGGUAUGCUCUUCUCCUUACCAAGCCCGGUCAAACGCAAGACAACUACAAUGACCAAAGGCAGCGAUGCAUUCAAGAUGUUUUAUCCAACAAGUUUGAAGCUUUGGAAGGCCAAGGAAGAGAUUGAGGGCAUUAUCGACAUGUGGUCAUCAAGGAUACUGAAGGGCGGAUCAGAACUGGCAACAAAAAAUCUAACAGACGGAGCAAAUGCAUUUCUGAGGACCCAAUCCUCUGGAGAGCCUUCUUCUUGGAUGCAGCGCCAACAGGCACGCGCUGCAACUGCAAACACCACCGAGCAACAGGAAGAAUCCUCGGCCCCAUCGCCCUUGCUGUCACUGGGCAGCUCAGCUCAGCGGGAAAUGCUCCUCGACCGCCUACCUUACAUGGCUCACAUGGCACGAACCCGAAGAACAGGUUUGAGACUACGAGAUCUUGAAAAAGUCGUGUCCUUUCAUGGCGUCACGGCUGCCGCCGAUGAAGAAUUCGAGGCAGAGGAUGAUGCAACGCUGGGCGAGGCUUGGGCUACAGACAAACCCUCGGAAGAAUCAAGUCCACGCAAGAAGACUGCGCGGAUUAAAGCAGGCGGCAUGUCCGGCAUGUUAGAUCAAAAGUUAGUAUUAAGCGACGAUGAUAUCGAGGAUUGA